CGCUAGCUAGGUCGUUAACGUUUCCGAAAUAUAUAAAACCUCUGAAAAGAGACCAAGACGACGAAUAUAGCUGAGGCGUGGCAUGCCUUCAGCAAGCCAUGGAGUGAAGAUGAAUCCCUUCUAGGUUAGCGGCAUACGGAGAAGUUAGAAUAAAGACGCAGUUCGCAGACAAUAACGAUUUUCAAACGGUUUCUGAAAGUGAUAGUAGCACUGUUGUACCUCACGUUAGCCUAUCGGUGAUAACCGGUACGAUGGAAGGCGAAAGUUCGCCCAAAGCCGAUGGGAGUGUUCCGGACGAUGCCUCUCCGCCGAAGAAACUACGGGUUGUUGAGCGAGUGGCGGAGCGGCCUGGCACCUCGAAAAGCCCUUCUACAAGUAGUUCGCACAAGAACGAACUGAUAACGAAAGCAAACAGUGACCAAGAUCCUAGCAACGAAGAAGAAACCCCUCCGUCGUCAACCGCAACGACACCGUUUGCUCCGAACGACCAGCAACAUGAGCUAACGGCCACAGCAUCACCGAGCACCGAACCCAACAGUGACGCAUCCGACGGAAGCCCUUCGGUGGAUUCCUCAACGAACGAAACUGGCGAAAGGCGUCAGGACUCGAGUUUGUUGCAGCGUCUCGUCGAACAGCGUCUGGCAAGCGAAAGAUUGGAAAGCAUAGAUUUGGACCGGAAUGACGCCGGAGUCCGCCGCCCUGUGCGGCCAAACGAGAUUGUAAUACCUCAAUUGCUAGGCGUAACUGAUCACCACGAUUAUGCUGAUUACGCUCCUGAUUGGAUUUUGGAUGGAUUCGACGAUGAUGAUGAUGAUGAUGAUGAUGAUGAUGAUGAUGAUGAUGACGACGAUGACGACGAAGAUGGAGACGAUCUUAUUCCAGCCGAAGACAUCAUCGGAGACCUGCCACUCGAUCUCGAUACCGACAGCAGCUCCGGAGACGAUUCCGACCACUUGUCGUCUUCGUCCUCGUUCUCAACAUCUACUUCAUCGGCCAGCUGGCAAUCGGGAGGAUCAGGAGAGGCCAGUUCGGGGUCCCGGCGUUCCGGCGAAUCGGUGGAUGAGGACAUUUCGACUCGUAUCGCUAAGCUGGAAGAAGAAGUAAUGGCAAGUUUGCAAACCGUUAAAAUGAAGAGCAAGUGGAAUGUGGUGCACGAUUUGGAGCAACGCCAGCGCUUCGGGGCCGCAGCUGCCGGAGUGCCAGGAACGAGCCGGUACUGCCGGGCCAACAGCAUGUUCACGACGCACGCUUACGGUUCCUUGGACAUUGUACAACGUCUCCAACUGUCGCACUUUUUGCGCGGUCAUGAAGGUUGUGUCAACAGCUUAAACUUUAACGCUACCGGAACGAUGCUGGUGAGUGGCUCAGAUGAUCUGCAAAUCAAUCUGUGGAGCUGGCACACCAACAAGUUGCUGAAAUCGAUCACUACCGGCCACCGGAUGAACGUGUUCCAAACCAAGUUCAUCGAGUACGGUGGCUACGGCAGUGAGGUGGAGAUAAUUUCGACCGGUCGCGAUGGUCACGUGCGCCACACGCGCGUCGAUCCGUCCGGCGACUCAAACACUCAGCUGCUGUAUCGCUGCCACCAUCCGAUCCACAAAGUAGCGAUCCCUGCGAGCAACGAGUGUGCGUUCCUGACGGCCGGCGAGGAUGGCAAGGUGCGAAUGUACGAUUUGCGGCAGGGCAAGGUGGACACGCUGCUGAAUCUGCGGUUGCGCCUGUUCAGCAUCGCCACGCACCCGUUUGAUCCGCAGUUCUGCGUUUCCGGCAACGAUAGCUUGGUCAGGAUGUACGAUCAGCGCCAUGUGCGUCGUCCCAUCAAGCAGUUUACGUCACUCCAGCUACCAAAAAAUAGUAGAAACAAGAACGCGUUUGUGAGCAUCACGUCCGCGGUAUAUAAUCAUCUCGGUACGGAAGUUCUGGCCAGCUACAGUGAGGAUGCCGUCUACCUGUUUGACAAUACGACCACGGAUGCGGUGGUGAAGCCGGUGGGUCGCUAUGGAGGACAUUGUAACCUUCAGACCAUUAAGGGUGUAAAUUUCUUCGGUCAACGAUCGGAGUAUGUCGUAAGUGGCAGCGAUUGCGGCCACAUUUUCUUCUGGGACAAGAAAACGCAAACCAUCGUCAAUUGGCUGCGGAGCGGGAAGCACGAUGUAAUCAACUGUCUCGAGCCGCACCCAGAGUACCCGAUCCUGGCCACCUCCGGGCUUUCGCACGUCGUGAAGCUGUGGGUCCCGAAGGGAGUUAAUGAUGAGCAGACGGUGCCACUGUGGGAACCCAAAGAUCUGCGACGAAACGUGCGCGAAAACCUCGCUUCCAGCAAGCUGAAUUGGCAGCAUUUUCGCCGCACCGGCUUCACCCGUAACAUGACCACGGCGUUCCAACGCCGAGGAGCCAUCCGCCGUCCGCACGCCAGGGGAAACGAUGCCGCUGUCGCGUAUGAUGAGGUGAACGAUAACGACAGUGAUAACGAUAGUAGUGAUGAUGAUGGUGCCGAGCCGAAUGAUCUUGUCUCGUUUUUACACUGCAGACCGUCGUAGG